AUGAUAAUGUCCAUUCUGGACCAUUCAAUUACUGAUAGGAGUGACUUCAGCGAGGAGUCUGAACAUUGGGAUGAUACUGCUCUACUGAAACAUUUCUACAACACUUUCAGCUUGCUGAUUGAUCAGGAACCAGUCAAUUCGUGGUACGAAUUUGCAUUGAAAUAUUGUCCCUAUGAAAGCCUUCGAGAUGGGUUUUGCUCGCUUGCUUGCAUUCACAUAUCACAGAAAACGAAAAGCCUAUUUCACUAUAAGAAGGCUGUUCAGUAUCUCGAGAACAUGAUAACUCGGCUCGGGAAUAUUCUGCCUUUUUCUGAUAUCGUCUUCUCUGACAAUAACUUGAAUUCGUGGCAAAAUAAUUCAGCUUUACUGAAAAAGAUGGUAAUGGAGUUGAAGGCGAAUGCCGACACGUUCAUCCAGAAUUCAAUUCUGAUCAUGACUUACAUCUACAUCAUCUUGCUAUACGAAAUCUUCGAUGAUGGAGUGAGCAGAUUAUGCCCUUGUCUCAUGAGUGUGUUUUCCACAAUUGUCAAAGAGAUGAAGAAGGCUGCGGUGGUCGACAAGCUGAGUCUUGACUACUUUGCUUAUCAGAUGUACUACAACGAAAUAAUAAUGUCUGUCUCGUCUAGAGCCUGGAGAUCACCAAGCUGUCCUGCUGUGUUUUGCUUUACUUCCGAAGAUAGGUCAAACUGUCUCAAGGUGGUGGGCUGUCCACCCGAAAUCCUGGAAUGUAUUCAUAGCAUUGCAGAAAUGAAAUGCAGAAAAAGGAAUUCCGAGUCGUGGUUCACUUCGGAUGCGGCUCUAGUUGCAUCCUAUUCAAGUCUCAGAGCCAGAAUCGAAGCUUACAGAUCAUAUCUCCCUCUAGACACAUCCUCGUUGUCGGCUGGCUCCACAAACAGCAUCAACAUAGAUUCGUUAUACAUGCUUCGAUUACGAAUAGCCCAGGUCUGGUCCCUGUCAGCAUUGAUCGAGGCUACUGAAUUAUACCAGGUUGAGAAUGCCUCCAAUAUCAUUGACAAGCUUGAGCUUGAGCUCGUUGAUUUGCUUCAAUAUUUCGAAUUUGAGACUGCUCUGGAGAUGCAGAUGCUUUGGCCUAUUUAUCUUGCUGCAAAGCAUGCUCGGCUUCCAAGCCAUAGGCAAUUUGUUUGUCAUCUAUUGACUGUCUGUAUCAACAGAUUCCACUCCGGAAAUGUUCUCAAUAUGAAAAAUGCCUUAGAGAAGGCAUAUACUUUUGGUAUGAAUGUUUCUGAUGCAUUUGACUUGGUGAUGCCCGCAAAUAAAUCAUCUGAAUUCAUGUUCUUAUGA